CGAGAACUGCAACUUACUGUAAUGAAAUUGCCAAAAAUGACUCUGUCGCUGGCUGGCUGAGUCAAGCGCUGGUCCACGUCUUUUGUAGCGACCUUCGGAGACUCCAGAGGCAUUUCCUGCAAUAAGCAAGGAGAGCCGGAAUGAUGUCUUUCGGCCGACCACCGAGGCCUGCGCAUGCAGCCAGCACCACACCAGCAGCAGCAAACGCCAUCGCCCAACCUCAGCAGGAGCCUGCCGCGAGCCUUAAGGACGCCCUGGCCGAUGCUGAAAAGCGUGUACAGGAGCUGAGGAAGAUAUGGCAGGCGUCGCAAGCUGCAGCAUCGGUACUGCAGAAAAAGACCAUGGAGGCCGGGACGCAAACCUCCCCAUGGCCAGCUGCUCGGCGGACGCGUGCCCCCUCCCCUUUGGUCCUGCCGGACGGUCGCGCGGGUUCCUUAGAGGCCAUGGUGCACGCGGCGUGCGUGGAGCUGUUGACGCCUGGCGCGCAGCGACACCCGCACGGCUCGCUGCCGUCAUCGACAGUUGGCAAAACCCGCAGCUUUGGCCAGAGGACCGCUGGAGGGUGCGCUGCUGAAUGCGUGGCGGACAGCCUGCAGCAGGCGAUGAUGGAGACGCCUGCGGGAGCGCGCCCGGCUUGGCUGCGCUCGCACCGUUUGGAGACGCCGCUGUCCUCCACCUCCAUAGCGGCGCCCUUCUCCGCCUACCGCCACUCCAGCCGCAUGGCAGCGGAAUCCACGGCCGCCUCCGAGGCGUGCACGCCGCCGCCCCGCACAGCCAACACCGCCUGCGGCACCGCGGCGGCCGCCGCGCAGGCGCUGGUGCCCGCCGGCAGCCUGGCGUCGGACUCCGCCGGUUCCGGCGACCUACAGCUGCUGCGCCAUCUCGAUCAGGAGCAGCAGCAGCAGCUGCUGGUGUCGCACAUUGACGAUGUGGCGUUGGGGGUGCCGAUGGAGCCAAUGUUUGAGGCUUUCACGCCGCACACCAGCGCCAUGCGCCUGCGCGCGGCCAUGCAGUGGAUGCGGCUGCAGCUAGGCGCGGUGGCGGUCGCGGGCGGGGGCGGCGUUGGGGCCGACGGCGCCGGCAAUGGCGCCUCGCAGCGCAGGGCGGGCCGCCAGCGGCGCUACUCUGACUCCUCCGUCAGCCCGGCGCUGAAGAUCCUGCUGGGUGCUUCCGCGGCUGCGCCGCCCGCUGCAGGCAAUGGAGCCGCUGCCGCUGCUGAGUACGAGGCCAGUGAUGGGGCGUCGGAGGGCUGCACAGCGCUGGAGCAGCAGCUGGAGGACCUCGAGGCGGACGGGCUGAAGGGCAUUGCGGGGUUGGGAGCGGCAGCCGCGCACACAGGGACCUACAGCCGGGCCUCCACGGGCGGCGGCGGCGCGGCCGUGGACCUGCUGAUGUCGGGUGAGGCGGAUGUCGAGGCGGAUGUAUUCUGCCUCAACCCGCUCUUUGAUGGCCAGCAGCGCCGCACCGAGGGCGGCGCGCCCGGGCGCUGCAUAGCGCCGUGGCAGGCGGGCUCACCGGACAAGGAGCCCAGCUCCGACUCGGACGAUUUCGGGCCUUACUGCGGGCCGGCAAUGGGCGUGCUGCCCUUCGCGGCAGCCGCCGCCAUGGCUGGGCAGUCGGCAGCGUUGACAACUGUAAGCACGGGGCUGGGCGUUCACCCGAUGGGCCUCGUCACAGCGGCGCCGGCGGCGUGUGUGGGCGCCGGAGGUCUGGGUGGAGGUGGUGGAGUACUGCGGGACAUUUCCCAUGGCCUGAACCUGGCCUCUCGACUGGCGCCGGCGGCAAAGGGUUCGGCAAAGGCGACUGAUAACGGCCUACCUACAGUCUGGCGGUAGCCGCCGCCAGGUCGCUUGGAUAUCACGCCACGGGGGCCUUCAUUCAUUGUUUCAAUAAGUUGCGGCCAGGGAUGUAGGGAGACUGGGCCGCCUAUCUGCUCACGCUGGGCGUGAAUGACGGUACUGCGGGGUCGGCGUCAGGGUAGCGGCAUGUUGUGGACGCCUGGCCUUGGUGCCUUCUCACGUGCCCCAAUGAACAGCGCCACUGCGCAUGUGCGAGGGUGUGGGCUCCCUACCGGCACCUGUCUGUGCUUGGGUACAAGGGGUACUCGUUUGACUGCGUGGGAGCGUAGACUGCCGCAGUCUUCGCGCUGAUGGGCAAUUGAUUAGUGCAUGUUGUUCCCAAGGAGCUGCUACUGUGCUGACAGACAUUCGGUACCGUAGUGUGGAACCAUGCACUUCAUGGUAGCAGACGUGUAUGGGGUCUUGCGUGCCCUGCUCUAGUGUACGGAAAGCGGACGUGCGUGCACUCUUUGCAACCGUUUCCCGGGGUUUUUCCUGUACGGCUGGAACUCUACCUGAGACCGCUGUGCGCAUGUUGACCGUGUUCACAAUA